AUGGGCCCCUGUACCGCCUCCUCAUGCUGCUGCCAGGCCCGUAAUCUGCCAUGGGCCCCCCGUACCGACUCCUCAUGCUGCUGCCAGGCCCGUAAUCUGUCAUGGGCCCCUGUACCGCCUCCUCAUGCUGCUGCCAGGUCCAGAGUGUGUCAUGGGUCCCUGUACGGCCUCCCAUUGCUGCUGUCUCCAUCGCCACACUCUGCCAUGUGCCACUUUCAGGUCUCCUCACACUGCUGGUGGGUUCCAUUUUGUCAUAGGGUGCUGGCAGAUUACGGGCCUCCCAUUGCUGCUGCCAGGCCCGUAAUCUGCCAUGGGCCCCCGUACCGACUCCUCAUGCUGCUGCCAGGCCCGUAAUCUGUCAUGGGCCCCUGUACCGCCUCCUCAUGCUGCUGCCAG